AUGUACCAGGUAAACAAAAUUUUUUUAAAGCAAAUUUUGGCUAGACAAUAUAAGUACAAAGUGCCUCAUGUAAAACAGUUAAAAAUUCUAUAUCCUCUCGAAUCUCGAAAAUUACUCAAAGUCAGCGGUAAUGAUGCACCACCAUUCUUACAAGGUCUUAUUACAAAUGAUAUGCAACACUUCGAAGAAGGUGCAAACUCUAUGUAUGCCAUGUUUCUCAACAAUAAGGGUAGGGUUUUAUAUGAUACCCUAAUACACAAAUGGGACGGCAACGACUCAUUUUUUAUUGAAUGUGAUAAAAAUGUACACACAUUGCUGCAUAAACACCUAAAAUUAUAUAAGUUGAAACGAAAUGUUGAUAUUGGAGAUGUAAGUGAAGAAUUUCGAUUAUAUGCAUUGGUGACUCCAACAGAAGCAACUGUUGACACCUCAAUUCAUCCAAAAAAGAAUGUUAAUAUCUUUAAGGAUCCUCGUCUCGCAGAUUUAGGACACAGAGUUGUAGUUACUUCAAAAGCUGACCAUUCAUAUAUAGAGAAUCUUCUUGGAGAAGGUACCACAAUAGCCUCUGAUGAAACUGGUUAUAAAUAUUUGAGACACAGAUUAGGUGUGAGUGAGGGCGCUGGUGAUCUGCCCCCUGGAGUUUGUUUUCCUUUAGAAGCCAACGUUGAUUACUUGCAUGGGGUAAGUUUUCACAAGGGCUGUUAUAUAGGUCAAGAACUGACAGCUAGAGUGCACCAUACAGGUGUAAUAAGAAAAAGAAUUAUGCCUCUUCAAUUCUUAGAUAUUGUUGAAGAAGAGAUAGAAAAGGACUCUGCAAUUACAGUUGAUAAUGAAAAAAAUAAUAAUGUGGGGAAAUUCAAGAGUUGUGUCAAUGAUUAUGGAUUAGGUUUAGUUAGAAUAAAGGAAGCGCUAGAAGCUACAGCUUUAAAAAUUGGCAAUUAUACACUGAAGGCUGUGAAGCCAGAUUGGUGGCCAAUAGAAGCACCUAAAGAUAAGGCUACGACGAAAUUGCAGUAA